ACAUUUCUAAAGCAGCGCAGUAGCAGAGUGUCAAAAAGGAAAAAAGUAAUAUGUACGUCGUGAUAGAAAAAUAGUUUUUCCGAUUGAAAAUAUUUAUUUGAUUCAUGAAUUUACCAAAUAAAUCAAGUGAAUUGAGUUGUCGACGACGAUAUUAAACACGUAUAUCGAAUUAUACACGACCGGCACAUAGGAAACCGUAAAAAAUGAUGACAACAAAACAAAUAAAAACGUUUCUGUAUUGGGUGACGUUGCUGGAAAUAUGGGGAAUCGUUUCAUGUAUAUCGGAUCCAGGAAUAACAAAAUUCACACUGUCACCCAAUGCUCCAACCGAACGGGAAAUGAGACCUCUAUUGGCCAACACUAAAAUCUAUGCAAAAUUGGAGUGUGAAGCCAAUACUGAAACUGAAUUUGAUAUCAUCAUUAGUACAUCGUUAGUGGAGCGACAAUGUUGGUUCGAUGCCCCCGAUGUUCAAAAAGCUUACGAUAUACUGGAAAGUCAACAAAGAGCCCAAAAUCAAAGUGCACAAGUGGUGCAUAAAUACCAGAUAGACGGUACAUGUCCACAUCAUCUAAUUGUUUUGGAAAUACCCAACACUGAGAUCCAAGGGGCUGUUGCUAAUGCAUUAACUUCUGAUAAGACGACCAUCAAGCCAGGCGACACAUCACAAUUGACGGCUAAAUCUCCUGCUGAUACCAUGAAGAAUGCCAAACAUCCAUUGUCGCCAACCAAUCGACCAUUGUACACCGUUUCACAUGAUGGCAUCUACGAACUGACCAUUACUGUUGAAACAAAAACACCAGAGGCCGCUGAGUUUUCAGCCAUGGUUACGGUGGAAAUGUUGGGACCCUAUGGUUAUAUAUCGGCUACCGAUUUUCCAUUCUUACCGUUCUAUGGUAUAAUGUGCAUUGUAUAUGUAAUAUUUGGCGUCAUUUGGUUGGGUGUCUCCUUUAUGCAAUGGCGUGAUUUGUUGCGUAUACAAUUCUGGAUAGGCGGUGUAAUUUUACUGGGCAUGUUGGAGAAGGCAUUUUUCUAUGCAGAAUAUCAUUCAGUGAAUACUAGUGGUGUUUCAGUGCCUGGAGCUGAAUUAACAGCUGAAUUUGUAUCGUGUGCCAAAAGAACUUUGGCUCGUAUGCUGGUUAUAAUAAUGAGCUUGGGUUUUGGUAUUGUAAAACCUCGUCUGGGUCCAUUGUUACAUCGUGUGGUAGGUGUGGGCUUGUUGUAUUUCCUGUUGGCUUGUGUUGAAAGUUAUCUACGUGUUAUGCGCAACAAACCGGACAUACAAAAUGAAUUACUGGUAGCCAGCAUUCCAUUGGCAGUUUUAGAUACCGGUAUUUGUUGGUGGAUCUUUACAUCUUUGGUUCAAACCACACGUACAUUGCGUUUGAGAAGAAAUAUGGUUAAGUUGUCACUGUAUAGACAUUUCACAAAUACAUUAAUAUUUUCGGUAAUUGCUUCCGUCAUAUUUAUGUUGUAUGCUUUACGUUUACGUAAAGCAGAAAAUUGCACGCCGGGCUGGCGUAAUAUCUGGAUUGAUACAGCAUUUUGGCAUAUCCUUUUCUCAGUUUUGUUGUUGGUUAUAAUGAUUUUGUGGCGUCCCACAAAUAAUAACCAACGUUAUGCAUUUACACCACUGCUUGAUAAUCCAGAGGAUGAGGAUGAUGAAGAAGAGGAUCAGUUUGUGGCAGAUGUUUAUGGUGUUAAAAUGCGCGGUACCAACAGUAACGGAGCCAAGACACCGCCAUCUAAGACCACAACAAAUGAAGAAGAUGAUCUACGUUGGGUAGAGGAAAACAUACCCGAAUCAAUGGCUGAUGUCACAUUACCCGCACUCGAUUCCGACGAAGAAAUUAUCAAUACGAAAUUCGAAGUGUCGAAAAUGCAAUAGAUCGACAGCAAAAACUCAUUAUAAUAACAAACAAGAGACAAAGAUAAAUAUAUAUAUACAUAAAAUAAGCUAUGAGUAUAAAAAAUUAUUAAUUAUUAUUAUUAUUUUUUUUUU